AUGGAAAUAGUGGAGGCCAUUGACACUCUGAGGGCGGCCAUGCUGGCGCUGUCCAAGCUGAAUCAAGCAGUCUGGGAGGAGGUAGGGGCCAUCUGUACCAAUCACCAGAGCGUGCUGGUGCAGAAGCACGACCCUUCCUCACAGCAUCGUGCUGGCAUGCACCGGGUAGAGAAGACAGGCGGCAGUGCAACGAGGCCAAAGACAGGAGCCUUGCUUGUGGAAAGUUCUAUCAAUAUCAAGGAGCUCGCGCUGGAGUUAUCGGAGCUGGAACCAGAGGGAAAGACAACGACCGGCUGCUCGCCAUUUCAGCUGCUCAUCAGGCGCCGGAAGGCACGAGUGGCAAAGAAAAAGGAGCUGGAGAGGGAGCUUGGGGUGUUAGAGGAGAAUGAGAAGGAGAAGUCCAUGUGUGGCAUUUUGGCGGAGGUUCGCGCGAGACUUGGGGAAAUCCCCGAGCACAUGCGCUGGGCACUCAAUGAGGUGUACUUGGGGAGUUGGCAUGGCAAGCGCUGGUACCUGCCCAACACCUCCUGCUACACCAGAUUCAUCGACAAGCAGGGCUGGCACAUGCCUGAAAAGGCGAUCAACAUAGUAGUGUGGCGACUGCACCGAUGCAUGCGCCUGCUCUACACCAUCCACUUCACCUUCAAGGAGGGGUUCAGGGAUCUGACGAGGUGCCUGCCCGAGCCGGGCAGGUCUGGGCCCUGCCCUGAGGCCAACCCCACAGAGCACCUGGCCAAAUUCCAGCUCAUCGUGAGGGACCUCGCCGCGCGCUCCAAGUGCUCCUUCAGCCAAAAGGUGCGGCUGACGGCUGUGGGGGUGCGGCUGACGGCGCUGGGGGCGCGCGCCGAUGGAAGCCGCCGCAUCGAGGAGCUGCUCUCGCUCUUCCCAGACAAGGACUGGACCGCGCCGGGGCCACCACCUGUGCGCUGGUGCACUUCGUGCCCCAACACUCACGAGCUCUUCCUCUUCCCCGACACCCCUGCCGGCUACCUAGCGCAGAUGCGCUGGUUCAGCUUCCACUUCCUGAUCGAGGAUCUAGUGGAGACAUUUGAGAAGCUGCACCUCUCUCUGGAUGUCAUGUCACAGCUGCUGCCCGGAGCUCCGCUGCUGGGAUCCAUAAAAGACGAACGCCCAAAAGCAAUUGUCUGA